UCGAGAGCAGUUAUUUCCAGAUUCCGGGAGAUUUAUCGAUACACUCCAAUCCUUACAAAUAGAAGCGGCAAUGCACAGGCAAUGUUAUUGCUGGAUUGUGAGCGAAGGGAAAAGGUGUAACAGUCGGAGAGUUACACAGAAAAAAAAUUCGACAAACGAUAUUUUAAUCAUACACCAGAAUUCGGGAGUUCAUCUGUUUAUCUGACGUCAUGGAUAUAUUAUUGUUUUAAAUUUGACGUAAUCGGUUUAUUAUCAUUUAUAAAUAAGGCCACUGCACAGUUUUUCACAGAUCAAUUCGACGGGAUUCAUUCUUCAUACAGCAAAGGAUGUCUGCUAAAAACAAGGACAGCGGGAGACAGGUUAAGAAAUACCCACUGGCCACGCUCUUUUUGAAGCAGCUGACUGCAGACAAGUACACCACCGCCCUUGGUUCUUACUGUGCUUGGAACAGACACGUGAAUCUCUCUCCCCCCGACUUUGUCAAAGAGGUCCCCGAAAAUGACAAGCACAUAUACAACUACUACGACGCCCUUCAGUAUACACUGUACGAAACCAAUUACGCGGAGACGGAAGAUAGGACCACUGACCCUAGAACCACUCUCCCCGGAUCCGGAAUCUCCAUCGUCAUCUUGGCGUCGCCGGUCGAGUGCAUGGCCAUUUUACUGGAGGGCGGCCGAAGAUGCCCCGGGGAUAUGCUUCUUGUCAUGUCCAAGUCCUGGAUUACAGUCGUUCCGAGUGACCUUGACCCGUCCAUGAACAAAUUGUUGGUCCACAAGGCCAUAUCUUUCGAAUCGGGUGGGAGGUCAUUCAUUGACGUCUUUGAUCCACCCAGGCGAGUGACGUACUUCGUGAAUUUCUUCACUCGAUCCAUUACUGACGGUCAGACGGGAGACGGCGAAGAUCUGGAGGUCAACCUUGAAUGUCCGAUGUCAAGUUCUCUCAAGCUAGUCAGAAGAACAGACGACAAGUUCUGGACCAGAAUCAUCAUGGCGGAAGCAAACGUCGCCUAUCCAGCUACCCUGGCCUUUGCAUACAAAGUCUCUCUUCAGUAUGAUAUACCGAAUGACGCGAAACUAAAGGUCGUGAAACUAUCGUCUAAGGAAGGAAUAGAAAAUGUGAUGCAAGAGGAGAUACUCUCAUUUUUGAAUCGUCUCGAUGAAAACGCAGAUAGGAUGGUCGUAAAACCCUCUGGAGUAAAAUGGCACGGCAGUGUGGGGGUAACUUUUCACCCUAGAAAUGAACCUAAGCGCAUCAUUGAUGCAGCCAUUCAGCUGUUUAUGGCGUUGGACGCGGGAGACGGGAUUUUGGUAGAGGUCUUCUGCGGCCCAGAUGAAAAUGAUAGCGAAUUAAUGAGGGACUAUUCUUUCCGUCUCCGGGCCAAUGUCUGCCGUGGACCCAACGAUGUACCAAUCACCACGACUCUAAUUUGUGGGGUUGGAAAGAAAAAUGAACCAAUCAAUGGCGACAACACAAAGCCCCAGUCGUAUGAAUCCACCAUGAUAGAGUGGGGCCUGGAAAACGACAUGGAGCGGAUAAAAAAACUUGUAGUAAAGGGAUCCGCUAAUAUCCUAAAAAGCAUUAUCCGCCACGAAAACGCUUUGACGAUUGAAGAGAAAGGGGGUAUUGGUGCCCAAACGGACGUUAUUGGAAUCGAUUACUUCCUGAGGAAGAAGGAAGGCGUGUACGUCCCCUACGGAAUAGAGGUGAACUCUCACGACUGCACCAUCAACUGUCAGCUGUUUGAGUUCAUAAACCCGUCCCUGUCUGGGUACUCUGUGGCCCCACUGAUACAGACAAUGAUUGACAGGUCCCAGGCGUUCCUGAUCGCGGGCAAGAAGAUCCUGUUGCUGAACCUCGGGGUCAGCAGCAAGAGGUUCAUUCUGGACAGUGCAAAGAAACACAGGAUCAAGGUUGUUUUGGUGGACACGUUUCCAGAAGAUUCAAGCCCUAUCCCUGAUCUCGUUGAUCAGUACAUCCAGUACGAUUCCUCAGACCACACGAAAGACGACGAGCACGCUGACAAGAUCAUCGAAAUCCUCGAGCAACAGGACAUCGGGAUCGAUGGGUGCUGCACUUUUUGGGAAGAUUGUGGGCCACUGGCGGCCAUCAUCAACGAGAAACUGGAUCUCUGUGGCGCCGGGGUAAAAGGAGCACUCGCAGCAAAGAAGAAGUCCGAGACUCACCAAGUAUUGUCCCGCCGUACCGGUGACAUCCCGCAUUUCCCCAGGACCUACUUGUACACGGAGAAAAGCAUUCACGUAGAAGACGUGAACGACCUGCCGUCUGCUGUAGAAGAAGUCGGUCUGCCUUGCAUACUGAAGCUAGAGUACGGAUCCAGUGCUGUCGGUGUUAAACUCUGCCACGACCUGGAAGAAUGUACCAAAAUGUUCACUGGUCUCCGGGAACACCUGACCUGUGAAUCGGACCAUCCGGGGAUUGGACUGGGUCAUGGCAACAGCAUGGUGGUGAUGAAGCCCAUCGUAGGCACGGAACAUGACGUCGACCUAGUCCUGUUUGAGAGGCAACUAGUGGCCGCUUACGUAUCGGACAACGGCCCUACUCGGCCAGGCUCCUUUACGGAAACUGCGGCAUGUAUGCCGUCGUGUCUCCGCUCAGAUAAAGUGGGUCAGCUGGUGACAGCGGCUUAUCAAUGCUGCACGGAGAUCGGACUGGAAAGUGGCGUUUUUAACGUGGAGUUGAAGAUGACGCCGACGGGUCCAAAACUGAUCGAAAUCAACGCCAGAAUGGGCGGAUUCUACAAUCGUCACUGGAUCCUAAAAUGCUAUGGAGUCGAUAUGGUAAGGUGUGCUUUUAUGAUUGCCAGUGGAAUAAAGCCCAUACCUCCCAAAAUAGUCCCUUCGUGCCACAUCAUGGGCGUGAUGUGUGUUCCAUCUAUGCACGCCGAAGUUUUCCUGAGUCAAAAGUUUAAGGACGCAGUGGCAGAAUUGAAACGCCAAGAAGAUGUCAUUUACACCCUGAUAGAGGACGACUUUAGCUACGCAACUGCUAAAACGGAGGAGCCGAUCUGCAACAUUGCUGUCUGCGCAAAGAACACGGCCAAAGCGAAGAGCAAGCUCCUGGCUCUGUGCAGCAAUCUGGAAGUUACAACAGAGCAAUAUGACAUUCCACACUAUGUCUCACAAUUCAGGUGAUGCUGGUGACGUAUUAAUGACGUGUUGUAUGUGUUAUGUGGUUUAUUUUUUCUUUUUUUUUCUUCUUCAAUGUUUGCUGCUGUUGUUAUGCAUUAUAACGGACAGGUUGAAACCGACCAAUGAUACACAUGUGCUAAAUUUACAUGUAGAUAUUUUGUAGAUAUUUUGUAUAUUCGGUUUCAAAACCCGGAUUUGUAGUGCUAUCAGUCUUUUUUUUAAACAUGAAAAGUAAAAAAAAAAAUAUAGAAAUUGAUGUUAUUUGUAACAUACUAUUGACAACAAGUAGUGAGACUUUGAAGUCCUCAACUUUAUUGGUGCAGAAAAGAUUGACUUUGCUCUUUUUCGUUAAAAUGUUAAAUUCGUACCCUUGUUUUAACAAAUUUCACUUUGGAAAUCCAGUAAAUGUCUUGGUAUUGCCAAUAAAAAUAUUCAAGUUAGUGUAAA